CCAAAGUCGGCUCAGCCACUGGCCCUCUUUGCCCUUUCACCGCCAGAGUGACGGAUUGCACCAGUCGCUGCCCGGUUUGUGCUAGGCCCGCGCCCGCCUCGCUCGGCCAUGGGCAACGCCAGCUCCUCGGUGCUGGCCCGCCUGGGCCUCCCCGCGCAGCCCCGGCCAGGGUGGCUGGGGGUCGCCGCCCUGGGUCUGGCCACGGUGGCGCUGGUGGCCAUCGCCAGGCACCGUGGGUGGCCCAGGCGGCGCCGGCGGCUGCAGCAGGUGGGCACCGUGGCGCAGCUCUGGAUCUACCCGGUCAAGUCCUGCAAGGGGGUGCCGGUGAGCACGGCGGAGUGCACCGCCAUGGGGCUGCGCAGCGGCCACCUGCGGGACAGGUUUUGGCUGGUGAUUAAGGAAGGUGGAAACAUGGUCACGGCCCGGCAGGAGCCGCGCCUCGUGCUGGUCUCCAUCACCUAUGAGAACAACUGCCUGAUGCUGAGGGCUCCCGGGGUGGACCAGCUGGUUUUGCCCAGCAAGCUGCCUUCCUCAAACUCACUCCACGACUGCAGGGUAUUUGGUCUUGACAUUAAAGGCAGAGACUGUGGUGAUGAGGCAGCUCAGUGGUUCACCAACUUCUUGAAAACAGAAGCCUUCAGGUUGGUUCAGUUUGAAACGAGCAUGAAGGGAAGAACAUCAAGAAAACUUAUCCCCACUGCUGUACAGAGUUAUCAGGUGGCCUACCCAGACUGCAGCCCAAUCCUGAUCCUCUCGGAAGCCUCGCUGGCAGAUUUGAAUACCAGAAUGGAGAAGAAAGUGAAAAUGGAAUAUUUCAGGCCAAAUAUCGUGGUGACAGGCUGUGAUGCUUUUGAGGAGGAUACCUGGGAUGAACUUCUAAUUGGUAGUGCAGAGAUGAAAAAGAUAAUGGCUUGUCCCAGGUGCAUUUUGACCACCGUGGACCCAGAUACUGGAGUCAUAGACAGGAAGGAGCCACUGGAAACCUUGAAGAGCUACCGCCUGUGUGAUCCUUCUGAGAAGCCAUUAUACAAGUCAUCCCCACUUUUUGGGAUCUAUUAUUCAGUGGAAAAAAUUGGAAACCUGAGAGUUGGUGACCCCGUGUAUCGGAUGGUGUAGUGAUGGAUCCGCUACAGUGAUAUGGUUUCAACAUCCAGGAGGCAUUGACCAGGAUUUUAACAACAGCAGUAACAAUACGUGAGCGAAUCCUUAUUACCCAGCUUUUAACCAUCUUUAUCCUGGAAACGAAUCUCUAUUUUUGACUUUUUAGAGUUGCAUAUGCUCCGGCCUAAUGCAAGGAAAGCGUUAGAGGUGAUUUGGGAAUAUGAAUGUAUAUAAAUUUUAGGUAACAAAGGCUUUUCAAAUAAAUAAAAUUGUCUAUAAAAUCAUUUUGAAUAUGACUGUGGCUCUUACACCUUUCCAAUACCUGACUUCACUAUUGAUGAACAAGAAAAUUUAAUGAAUCAACUAAAAAGCUGCAAAA